CCCGGAUUAGGGGUAUCUUGUGAGGUCAAAUGGCUCAACCAACAAAGCAACAGAUUGGCGAAGUGUUCCGACGUUUACGCUCCAUCCCAACCAACAAGGCUUGCUUCGAUUGUCAAUCGAGCAGUCCCACGUGGGCCAGCGUUACCUACGGCAUCUUCAUCUGUAUGGAGUGUUCGGGCGUCCACCGCUCUCUGGGAGUGCACUUAUCCUUUGUUAGGUCAACGCAGCUGGAUGUGUGGACGUGGCUGCAACUACGAGCGAUGCAAGUAGGAGGGAAUGCGCAAGCUACUGCAUUUUUUCGUCAGCACGGCUGUUCUACCACCAAUCAGUCGACCAAGUAUCAGAGCCGGGCUGCCGCUUUGUAUCGAGAAAAAGUGGCGCAGUUUGCAGAAGGAGCUCACCGGAAGUACGGAAUUGAUCAACUGUUGAUCUCUGUACAUAACGAUGAACUUGAGUCUUUGUCGAAGUCUGGAGAUGACUUCUUUGAUCAGUUUGAUCCAGAAUCUCCAGUAGGAGUUGUGGCUCCAGUUCAGCUUGAUGGAGAUGACAGUAAGGAAAACGACAACACUGCAGAACCACAGGUACCCGCCGAGGGUGCUUCCUUGUCACAGUCAGGAGCAGACAUGACCGGUCUUAAAAUUUUAUAUUUCGUAAGCAAGUUAUGCAGCUGUAGUUGUGUGCGUGUAUAUGCAGGUCUAAAGACAAACAUUGGAAGAAGAGUACCGGCUUCUAGCAAGAAGAAAGGAAUUGGACAGAAGAAGGGUCUUGGUGCUCAGAAGGUAUCUAAGAAUUUUCAAGAGUCGCAAAUGAAAGCGUCGGAAGCCGAGAAGGAGCAGCAGGAGAGAGUAGCAUUGGAGGAACAGAGAAAGAAGGAAGAGAGACACUUUUCGAGUAUAGCCGCUGAGACUGAGAAGAAGGAACGGUCAAUGAAGAGCAUGGAUUCGAACAAAGCAGCACAAUUGGAGCGGCUGGGAAUGGGCGCGAGCGGGGUGAGAACGGUUAGUCAUUCUGCGUCGGCCGCUAUGGAUACUAUAGACCAAGUGGCACCGACAAAAGCACACAGUUGGAGUACAGCAUCGAAGCGGCUGGGAAUGACAUCAUCCACAGGUUUUUUCGACAGUUAUGGAUUGGAGAGCUCCAAGACGUACCUAGAUGAGCCAUCGAAAGGACGUAGUUUCGGCAGAGAGGAAGAAGACGGAGAUUGGGGACUGUCCAAGUUUGAAAGUUUGGACUCGAGGAGUAAAGAAAGUUCGAAAUCAUAUUCGAGCAGUAGAAGCACAAGUGUAGGCACAAAGUCAUCCUCAAGUCGUCAAGCGAUGCAUUCAUCUAGUAGUACUGCAGCUGUUGAUCGGUUUGCUUCUGCCAAGGGUAUAUCAUCAGACCAAUACUUUGGACGAGACAAACCAGACAACGAGGUUGAGUCCACGAAUCUCGAUCGAUUUGGUGCUUCUCAGUCCAUCUCUAGUUCAGACCUGUUUGGAGAGAAAAAACAAUUGAGAAGUGGCUCUGAUGACUUCAGUCUAAGAAAGGAGAUGUCUCGAGUGACUGGAAAGCUAUCUUCCAUGGCUAGUGGAGUAAUUGGAUCAAUUCAGGAGCGAUAUGGACGUCACAGCUGAUGAUACUUCCCUCUUGCUUGAGGCUACUAUAUUUAUUUAGUGAGAUUUUGUCCACACCGUACAGUCACGCCGUUGUGAAGAGUACACACAACGUGUGCGGAAAAUUAACUUCUCUUCUGGUUUUAUUAUUUCAGUCUUUGCGUAGAGUUGUCGAGGGUAUUACAGUAAUGACAAAGGUGGUCUACAAACAG